AUGGUAUUCGAACUAUUCAUCUCAUAUUUAGCAGGUAUUGAUGGAUAUGUAUUAGAAUCAACUGCUCUUACAGAAUUUGAUUUUGAAAAUGCUGAAUUACUAACAAAAGACGAAUUAUAUAAUCCGAAUGCUCUUUCGCUUGAGGAGGUAAACAAGCAUCGAUCAGAUAUACGAGGUCCAAUUGCUUCUAAAAAACGAUUUCGACGAAAUGGUAUUAAUAAGCCAACAAAAUUAUGGCCUGGCGGUAAAAUACCAUAUUCCAUAUCACCACAUUAUACGAAUUUAGAACGAGCUUUAUUAGCUAGAGCUAUAAAACAGUAUCAUGACAAAACAUGUCUUCGAUUUGUACCACGUUCACUCUAUGAAGGUGAUUACCUUUUCAUCGGUAAAAUUGAUGGAUGUUUUUCGGAGGUUGGACGAACAAAUGGUGUACAAGUGUUAUCACUAGAUGACGGUUGUUUGGAAUAUACAACAAUCAUUCAUGAAAUGAUGCAUGUUGUUGGAUUCUAUCAUGAACACGAACGAUGGGAUCGUGACGAUUACAUUAAUAUUUUUUGGAAGAAUAUCGAUCGCACAGCAAUUGAUCAAUUUGGAAAAGUUGACCUAACAAAAACUUCAUAUUACGGUCAACCGUAUGAUUAUCGUUCCAUUUUGCAUUACGAUAGUUUGGCAUUCAGUAAGAAUGGCUUCCCAACAAUGCUUCCAAAACAAAAAGGAUUUGCAACAACAAUUGGUAAUGCGAAAGAUUUUAGUGAAAUUGAUUUGGCAAAAAUUAAUCGAAUGUACGGAUGUUCUGAAGCAUACCUUACAUCAUUACAACCAAGAGCUCAGAGUUCAGUGAUUUAUUCACCACCAUCAUUAAAACGAUAUGAUGUGCUACCAGCUAUUAAUGACCGAUACUUUGAUAAAUUUUCCACGGAAAUGGGCCAUAAAAAUUGUAAGGAUCGCAUAGCUGCAUGCUGGAUGACCCAGGAUCGAUGUCAUUCUCAGGCUUUAUUUUUACUCAUGAAAACAUUAUGUGCCAAAACUUGCAAAUUAUGUUAG